AUGAAUCAACAACAAGGCGCGAACAACAACGCCAACAACAACGAUCAAGCUUUGGCGGCGGAGAAAACGUGCAUAAACGAAAAGUGUAAACGAACGAAAGGAAACCACGCGAAUAAAAAUUCCAAGGAAAUUCGAUGGAGGAAAAGCAAAGUGAUACCAGGCGCGGAUAUCUGCCAAUCGUGCUACCGAGUCGAGACGUUAGCGUUGGCGGAUAAGCAGUGCGCGAUGUGCGACAGCCGCAAAACCAACGGGUGCUGGUACCGGUCGAAGGUGAUACAAGGCGGGAACUUGUGCCGAAAGUGCUAUAACAAAGAACUGACGAAGCUGCAAAAUAAGACGUGUGGGGCGUGCAAUGCGACGGAGACGACCGCGAGUUGGUACAACUCGCACGUGAAAGUCGGGGUGAGUUUGUGCCAUCGAUGUUAUUAUCGCGAGAGAGCGACGAUUUCGACGAAGAGUUGCGUCGCGUGCGGGAGCGAUAAGACGAGCGGGAGUUGGUUGAAGAGUAAGUCCGUGGAAGGCGCACAUUUGUGCGUGAAUUGUUACUAUAAGGAGUUGGUCGCGUUGAGUGGGAAGGAGUGUUGCAGUUGUGAAUCGAAGACGACCAGUUCUAUUUGGUACAACUCGAAAGAAGAGAAAGGGAAGCACUUGUGCGCCAAGUGUUACUCGAGAGGCAGGAAGCGGCACUUGAGGGAAGUGAAAGAGCAGAAAGAGAAGGAGAAGACGUCUGCGGCGGCGAAAAAGACGAACAGGAGGACGUAA